AUGGGAAUCAACAACCUGCUGCCGUUCCUAAAACCGAUCGCCAGGAGCACACACAUAAGCAAAUACAAAAAUGAAGUGGUCGGCGUGGACAUCAUGUGCUGGAUCCACAGGGGUCUCGUCAGUUGUGCAUACGACGUAAUCAUAAAUAACUACAACGACAGCUACUUAAACUUCAUCGAAAAAAUGCUGGAAUGUAUAUACCAGUACAACAUAAAGGUAAUCUUCGUUUUCGACGGAGAGGAAUUACCAGAAAAAAAAGCAGAAAAUGUAAUAAGAAAUGAAAGGAGAGAAAAGGCAAAGAAGGAAGCACAAGAAAUUAUAAAAUCUGUUGCAGACCCAAGAUCAGACGUGAUGGUCAGGAGAAAAUGCACACAAGCUUUAAGUGUUUCCAAAGAUAUUAUAGACACUGUGAUCCACUUUUGUAAAACAAAAAAUAUAGAUUAUAUUAUUUCUCCUUUUGAAGCUGACGCUCAGUUGUCCUACCUUUGCAGGAUGGGAUAUAUUUCUUGCGCCAUAAGUGAAGACAGUGACUUGCUAGUGUAUGGCUGCCCUCGCGUCUUGUACAAACUGAAAAGCACUGGAGAGUGCGAUGAAAUAUGCUUAAUGCCCAUUGAUGAUCUGAUCGAUAUAAACGUGAUUAACAAAAUUAGGAACCCUCUCUCUAAUUCCUUUAACGAGUUUUACAUGACCCCCAUGAAGGAGGGUCGGGGGGAUGCAGAGGAGGGGCAAUCAGAUUGGGAAGAGAAUAACGUAUCCGAUUUGGAUGAGUAUAACCUUGGCGCGAUAAAUAGGAACCCUGAGCAGAAUGAAAAAAGUUACGACAAAACGAUGAAGGAGUACCUGGACCAAUUCCACUGGCCAAAGGAAUUAGACCAACUGAAGCAUUUCAGUAUAGACAUGUUCCUGGCCAUGUGUAUCCUAAGUGGCUGUGACUACACAAGCGAUUUCCACAUCACAGGAAUGGGAAUAAAAACUGCAUUCAGUUUAACCAGUAAGUACAAAACUAUAGAAGAGAUUUUCUCAUUCCUCAUUUCGCACCAAACAUGGAAGCGUAAAAUACCGCCCACUUUAAACACCCUAGAAAAGCUGCUCGGUAAAUAUGAGGAAAUUAAAAAUGCCUUCUUAAAUCACCAAGUGUAUGAUUUUAUUUUGUGCGAGAAAAUCCCCAUUAACCAGUCCUUCAAUAGUGCACUAGAGAAAAAGGAAAAUAAACUCCUUAUCAAUAAAAUACGGGACUUUUCCCUCAUAUAUGACAAUAACAAGAGGAAGGGAAAUUGCCUGAACGUAUACUCGGAGGAGCUAUCCAGCUAUUCCGGCGGGGAGAGGAGUACCUUACUUGCUAAUCGGAGCGGCAGUUCGGAGGGAUUCACCAGAAGCAGUACAAGAGAUGAGGAGAAGUUAGAUACUGCGAAGCAACACCACCCCGAGGACAUGCUCAAUGGAAGAAAUGCUUCUCCAGAAGCGGCAACCGAGAGAUCCCCAGUUCCACCAAAAGAAAUUGCCACAAAGGAACAUCCCCACCUAGACAAACCGAACAGUUUCGAAAACAUUUUUAAAAAUUUAACUUCCGAAUGUUUAGAAUAUUUGGAGAUAUCCCCCGAACUGUUCAGGAAUUGUCACCAAGGGAAGAAUUAUCUGAAGGAGGGGGAGGAAAAACACCCUCUUGGAAGGGACUAUGCGGGGAGCGCUCAAGAGGGUUCCCACGUGUCAAACGGUAGAACAAGUUCCUGGCAAAACGGUAAUAAAAACUACGUACCAUGCCACCUAGGAGGGAACCGCCCAAAUGCAACAACCAAACAAGAACCGCCCGAAGGAGACACGUAUAACACAUCACCCUUACCCCCGAGAGGAACCACUCAGACGCCCAAUUUGUGGACCCCCAUGGAGUGCACCAAAUUGAACCUAUUUUGUGAUUCCCCCAGGAGUAACGGCUGCAUGUACGGAAGGGAAUACACGAAGUACGAGGAUGAGGCAGAAGUGCUGAGAGAUCGAAGCGAUUCAAGAGAUACAAUUGAGCCCAUGGACCCCCCCGAGUGCAACUCCACAAAUAAUCUACCCGAAGAAAAGGAGAAAACAAAAUUGGACAAGCGGAAGGGGAACCACGCAGACUCCCUUAACGUUAAGAAAAUGAAAAGGAGCGCCGUAGCACCCUCGCACACAGAUGACCAUAUGUGGAAAAACCUGUUGGACGAGAAGGAAACCGAUUGCAGUAAAGACUCGGGGCAAAAUCAUCAUGACGAGAUUCUAGAAAACAUAAAUUGCAUAUCGCAGUCAGGUGGGAACAGUCAAGGGGUGACUUUCCUCAAAGGAGCCACCAUGCACGGAAUUGACCUAAACAUUCAGGAAGAUGCAACAAAGGGGAAACCACAAAAGGAGCAGAAAGAAGAACAGGAUGAAGAUGCACACGAAGGAAAAGUGACCAACCCCAGUGGAGGAACAAACAGAAAGAAAAGCGCAAGAGCUAUGUACCAAAAUAUGAAGAGCAACUUCCUUCUAUUCAAAACGUUUGUCGAGGACACAAGGAAGCAGACGGGAUCUUCAUCACCAGAACUGAAACGUAACUCCACGGAAGAUAAGGUGGAAUGUGCACACGUGAAGGAGAUUCAAGGGAUGCAUAAGAUCGAGCGACCUGAUGAAGAAGGAGGGAGUUUCGUGGAAACGGACAUUUCGGACCAGAAGGACAAAAUGGGAAACGGCGCUCAGGAAAAACCAUUCAGCAAACAAACCUCCGAACACACCAGCGGCGUGAAAGACGAAAUAAACAAAACGAACUUCAAAUCGGAAAGGAGCGAACACCCCUCAGAGGUUUCCUCCCCACUGAGAAGUAAACCCUCCGAGGUGAUCGAAAAUCACAGGAACCAAUUGCGAAUAACCAACUUUUUCAAAAAGUCGGAACGAGAAACCCCAAACUUGGACGGUAACAAGUGGGGUAAUAAUAACGUCUUUCCGUUGAAGCGAUCCACAAAUGGUUACUCCACUGGCAAUGGAAUGGACUGCCUUCCAAUGAACAGCUCGCAACCAGCGAAUAAAGAACACCAAGGGGGGGAGCAUUCCUACGUGGGUCAAGAGAUCCAUGACCAAGACACGCAUGACGAAUAUGUUUUCCUGAAAAAUCUGUACAACCGCGGAUUGAUAACAGAUGCAAACAGAAAGGAGUCCCCAAAGUGGGUCGCCAAAGGUAGCCACACCUGGGACGAUCGUGUGAGCACAGGGGAUAGCGCCGAUCAGGCCAAGGUUCGCCAGAGUUAUCCCCAAAAUGAUCGCCCUAACAGUCACCCUUACGACCACCCUAAUGAUCGCCCUAACAGUCACCCUUAUGACCACCAUGAUUGGCCCCUCCUGGGAGACACUCCCCAGGCUGAACACCCAGUCGAGAAAAAGGAAAAGCAAAAAGAAAUUAACCUGGAGUACAUCCUGCAGAACCUGAACUACAACUACCACCCCCGCAGCCACAAAAUCAACACCUUUGACUACUUCAAGGAGAAGGAAAACGUGCCCCCCCCCAACCCCUACGUGGACAACAAUUUGUGA